UAAGACACGAGGCGAAAGCAAAGUUUCAAAACUACUUUGAACACCACCAUCGCCAAUGUACAUCAUAAAUGAUACAUUUCCUAAGGGAGGGACAUAUCUCAAUUCCUACUCCUUUAGCCAAGAAGGCAAUGGAUAUGCAACAAAAGCUGAUCCAACACAGAUACCAUUUCACCAUAGCAAUCCUUGCCUCAUUGAUCAUCGCCUUGCUAUCAUAUGUAGCCCCUCGUCUGCCCACGAUUCUCACCUACUUUUGGCCUCUUUUCGUUUCUACAACUGUGUUCUUGGUGGCAAUAAUGGCUUUUGGUGGUUUUUCACAGUUGGCAACUGACGCUCAUGGUGAAAAGGCGGGUGAAGGACUAUUGGACUACGUUGCAGCAUUCCGGCCAGAGUAUACAGAUCAGGAGCCUCAGAAAUUUGAGUAAAGAAAGAUAGGGCCAGGUCUUGGUUCUCGAUCGUAUACGUUGAGCAAUUAGAUCGCAUUUCUUUAGCUAGUUCACUGCAUAGACAAAAGCUGUAAUCUUCUUACUUCCGUUUCAAAAUGUGAAAGCAACUACAAUGUUCGUGGAAAUUGUAUGUUCCUUAAUAAUGAUGGACGUGCCGUAGGCUUCUAUGCAUAAUGAUGGAAAUUGUAUGUAUAUGUAUAUGUAAACAAUUUGAAGUAGCAUGGAAGUGCUACUUUAGAAGUUGAAUGAAUCCGAUAAUAGAUCUCCUAAAGGUUGGAGAAACAUGCAAAUAUUGUGCCAAAUGCAGAACUCAACCUGUACUUCACUCAUUCUGAUUCCAUUUCAGUUGACACCACUUCAAAAUUUGCAUAAUAGUAUACAUCCAAUCCUUUCUCUUCUUAAUCUUCUCUAUCAGUUAAGCAACUUGGAAAUUGAAAUUGAAUGAUCCGACGUGCAUGCCUAGACCUAUUUUUGCUUUAAUCUACUUGCAAGCGCAGUUCAUCAGCUACAUGAUGUAAAAGUUCCCAGUUUUAGUCUCCCUUAUGCCAUUUGCGCCUUAAUCAAUUAAGUGUGCAAAUUGUUUUCACAGGAUCUUU